GCUGCAACUCCGUUGGCCUCAAUCAACGGGCUUUCACCGAAAUGGACUACUUCUGAUUCUGGUCUUUUGACGGUUAAUCGUCAUGGAAUUGAUACAGAUGCGAGUUCUGGAAAGAAAGAAGGCCAAGUUACUAUUCAAGCUCAAGCUGGAUCUCUCUCCACUAAAUAUGAAAUCACAGUGACAAAAGGAUUGAACGUCGAACCAGCACGUCUCGUUCUUUGGAAUGAAGCUGUCUCAAAAGGAACGUUCACUAUAACUGGUGGAUCUGGCCAUUUUCAUGGUGAUAAUCUCCCAACAUCAGGCUCACCAGUUGCAAUUGCUCUCCGUGCAAGAAGUCUCACAGCCGAAGAAUAAUGGACAAGUGAAUCUUCGUAUUUCUGAUGCUUGUUUGGUUGGGCAACAUGCCGAUGCUUCGGUAAGAAUUGCUGAUAUUCAUUCAUUGGCGAUUGACGCACCGCAGUUUGUGGAAAUUGGACGAGAAGUUGAAGUAGAGAUUCUGGCUCAAGACGAAACUGGAGCUUCAUUCGAAAAAGAACAUCGUCCACUUGCUGACGCUCAACUCGAUGCAAGUAACAAUCAUGUAAUUUUGACCAAAGUUGACGGACUUCGCUACACUCUUCGUGCCAACUCAAUUGGAACUGUAUCGCUGUCCGCAUCAUCAAAAUCUUCAUCAGGACGUGUACUCUCAUCUAGACCACACACCGUUCAGAUUUUCUCUCCUAUUUUCUUGCAACCAAAAAGAUUGACUUUGAUUCCGGACUCCAAAUUUCAGUUAGAAGUCGUUGGAGGUUCUCAACCGACGCCACCACUCGAUUUUUCCUUGAAUAAUUCAAUGAUUGCAUCCAUUGAGCCUAAUACACUUAUUACGUCGUCAGAACUUGGAUAUACAGCAAUUACCGGAACUGUUCGUGUUGGUGAUGGUCAUGUUACCAAGGAUACUGUUGUUCUUCGUGUUGCCUCUCUCGGUGGAAUUAUUCUGUCAGCGUCAAGCAGGAAAGUGGAAACUGGUGGAAGAGUAAACUUACGAUUAAGAGGAGUGAUCGCCGGAGCUGAAGACGAAGAACCAUUUGCUUUUGGUGAAGCCAUUUACCCGUUCAAAGUAACAUAGAGCGUUUCUGAUCCAUCUGUUCUAUUCACAACUCACCCCCUCGGUGGAGAUGUAGUCGAACCAGCUGAUAAUCAAGUUGCCAUUUGGUUCAAUGCUAUUCGCGGAGGAUCGGUUACAGUGAAAGCGGUUGUUCAGCUUAAUGAGAAGGCAAGAAAGCAUUUCACUGGAAGAACCUCUACUUUCACCGCUGAAACAACAAUUACAGUGGAAGAUGGACUUUCAUUAGUUCAACCAGAAAUGGAUAUUAAUACUGUCAGAGUGGCGCCAAAUUCUCAAUUGAAGAUGGUCACUGCAUGGUCUCAAGCAUCUUUCUCAGUUCGUUCUGAUUUCUCGAGCCGGAUUGUCAUUUCUGCGGACGGUCAUUUGAGAACAAACGGAAAAGAAGGAUCAGCUGCAAUUACCGUUCGUAAUGUGAACAGCCCGGAUAAUGAAACUGUUCUCAUUCCUGUGACUGUUUCUCGUGUCGCUUCCCUCGAUGUUCACCCAACAAUUGAACUUAAAAGUGCUUUUGAGAAUUCUCCACUCAUACAUCUUCCUGUUGGAGCCUCGCUGGUCGUCUCAAAGUUCAAGUGAAGGAAGAAUCAGUUGGCAUUAAUUUUCGAUUUUUUUUUUCAAAUUUUAUUUUUUUUUUUAU